AUGAGUAACAAGGUGGCUGUGAUUGGUGCAGGUAUAUCCGGUCUCGUCACUGCCAAGGAGUGCCUCGAAGCGGGUUUCCCUCCCACCAUAUUUGAAAAGCGUGCCGGUAUAGGCGGACAGUGGCGAUAUGAAGACCCUGAUACUGGCCUUGGAGAGACAUUCUCGUCAGUAUACGACGGAGUUCUUACAAAUUCAAGCAGCCCUUGCACUCAGUUCAGUGACUUCCCCAUUGACCCCUCUCGAUACCCAGACUACCUUGGUCAUGAAGACUCUUUGAGAUACCUGCAGGAGUAUGCAGAUCACUUUGGCUUGGAAACAUAUGUGCGGCUGAAUACCGAAGUCAUUGGCUGCGAGCCGCUAGAUGAUGGUAGAUGGAUAGUGGCUACGGUAGAGGGCGAAGAGAUAUACGACGCCUUAUUCGUCUGUGCCGGGAGAAACAAUGUCCCCAAAGGUCUUCCAACCUGGGAUGGUUUGGACUCCUUCAAAGGGAAUGUGAUCCAUAGCCAUCUCUACCGCCGGCCAACUCCAUACACAGGGAGGAGAGUUGCUGUGCUAGGUCUUGGUCCUUCUGCAGUGGAUAUUGCAUCGGAAAUCUGCCCCGUUGCCGAAUCUUGUUACAUUAUCACUCGCCGCGGCGGUUGGAUCUUACCUCGAUACGUUAGAGGGGAGAUCACAGAAUCGCUUGAAACUCGGUUUCGUGAGUACAUGCUACCACGGACGGUGCAUAUGCGAAUAUAUGAACUUGUCCACCGGUUCGUGAUGGGUGACACACCAAAUGCCCUUAAGCCUGAACAUCACAUUCUUCAGGUCAAUCCAGUUUAUCACGAGGAAUUUCUUGACCAUGUUCGGACUAGGCGUAUCAAGGCACAUCGAACGACGAUCAAAAGCUUUACAGAGACCGGAAUCUCCCUCGAUAAUGGCAGUGUUUUAGAUGUGGACGAUGUAAUUAUCUGCAUCGGCUAUCGUGUCAACUUCCCAUUCAUCUCGGCGAAUACAUACCGUGGCAGUGAACCAAACUCCUUGCAUCUCUACAGACUCAUCACCCCUCCAAAAUACUCAAACUUGUUUUUCAUCGGUCAAUUCACCUUUGCAGCUACUCAUCCGGUCUCCGAGCUGCAGGCAAGAUGGGCUGUGGGUGUACUGAGUGGGAAAAUCUCGUUGCCGUCAGAAGAGAGAAUGGAGACAAGUAUCCAAAUGUUCGCAAAUAAACGGGCUACAUUAUUUAUCAAUUCUAGCCGACACUUGGCCGCCAUACCGAUGUUAGAAUACAUGGACACUCUAGCCAGCGACAUGGGCAUCAACCCUACUCUCCACAAGCUCCUCGGCAAAGUUUUCUCGCCUUCACCACUUAGUGGCCUGUCCAUGUUGAGACAUUACUACAACGGCCUCAUCACAAGCGCUCCAUAUCGUUUGUUCGGACAUGGGCGGAAGCCGGAUAUCGCCGAAGCCACCAUGCUACGGCUGUCUAGGGGGGGUAAAGAGUUGAGCAGGGAAGAGAAGAACUUGUUGGCUGCUCAAAGCCCUCUGAUAAUUGAAACUGAUGUUGAGUAA